GCGACACGAUCGCUCCCCCCGCGCUCUAUCACUGUAUUAUUUAGUUAAUGCCUUAACGGAGCUUUACAAUUCUGUUCAAUACGAUAAACAUGUCGACACUAAGCCAUCACCCGUACGCGUUCUCGAUGCACCCGGGUAUGCUGCCGGAGUACCCGAGCGCGCCGCAGCCGCUGCCGGCUUCCAGCCCGCAGUCCGAGGGCCACAUCAAACGGCCGAUGAACGCAUUCAUGGUGUGGUCUCGUCUGCAGCGCCGCCAGAUCGCCAAGGAUAACCCCAAGAUGCACAACUCGGAGAUAUCAAAACGGCUCGGCGCCGAAUGGAAGUUGCUAACGGAGAUGCAGAAACGCCCCUUCAUAGACGAAGCCAAGCGGCUGCGCGCUCUGCACAUGAAGGAGCACCCCGAUUACAAGUACCGACCGCGCCGCAAGCCCAAACCGCCGACGGCGGGCGGUGCACCGGGCGCCGGCGCAUUCCCGAGCUUCCCGCUGCCUUACUUCGCGGGUCCUGCGCCGGGAGUAGGACAUCUGGACGCGCUCCCGUACCCCACCGUGCCGCCCUACUUCCCGCACCAGCUGGACCACCUGCAGUUCUCAAAACUGAUGGCGCCGACGGCGGAUAAGUUACCGACGGCAUCUUCUGCCGCGGCCGUGGUGUCGUCUUUCUACUCGUCGCUGUACACAUCGCCGGCAGCGCCGCCUAAACCCUUCCCGUCGCCGCUGUUCCACCAGUAUGGCGCGGCGCCCGCUUCACCCGUGUCACCCGCCGGCCCACAGCACAGCCCACACGACGACCAGCUGCGGCGGCCCGUCUCCGUCAUAUAUUGAAGGCCGACCUGCCUGCCUUGAGGCGCUCUGCCUUGAGGUGCGGCAAAGACUCAGUGCUCGUGGAUGGUGAUGAACGUUUUGCGAACCUUAUUUAUUGAUUUUUAGAUUAAUCGUUAGUCGAGAAUCGUACGAAGUGCGGCCGCGAGGCGAGCGGCUUGUAAAUAAUGUCGGAAUAGACUAUAGAUGGGCCCGCUAGAUGGGUGAAUCGAUUCGUUUGCAAACUGUGAUUUUCCUUUGAAUAUUCGAUGCGUUUCUCGAAUUAGUUUAGUUGUAGAUUCCUUCGAUCAGCUAUGUGAAGUGAGAUUGCUACCAAAAAGAGAUUAUGUUCCGUUAGGUCACUGUAUUUAGCCGAGUAGUUAAGUCGUGUCGCUGUGUAUUUCUGAUUGUUUUGUUCGUGUCCUAUGUAUCGUAUGUUUUGUUAAGUUUGAUUGUUAGAUCGCGGUAGCAGAGCCUCUACUCCGAUCACGUAACUUUAUUUAUUGAUGUCCGCUGUGGACGCGUCAAAUGUAAAUUGUCUGUUACUUGUAAGUUUUCCAGCUCGUCACAAUUGUAAAUAUUAGUUAUUAAUUCGGAAUCGAUGUCAUUACCAACGAUGUAUUAUAGAAUUUGAGAUUAAAAAAUACUUUGUU